AUGCCUCGAUACACCCGUGAAGAGAUCAAGAAGUGGAAGGAAGUCUUCUCAAAGAUUAAUACCGAUGGCGAUCGCUAUAUCACACCCGAGGAAUUGGUGGAAGCUGCGAAGAGAGAUGGGGAGGAGAUGACUAAGGAAGAUGCAGCAGACUUUAUCAAAGACUUUGAUACCAAUGGAAAUGGCAAGAUUGAAUUUAGUGGUAUGUGCCAAUGA